AUACUGUUCGUUCGGUCACGACAAGGAACGCAGUACAGUAACACUUUUUUGAACUCACUCUUGGUUCGUUGAAAUUGAAACCAAGACUAAUAAUUUUUGUGAAUUAGAGUAACGAUUACUUCAGAAAAGAAUCAUCACUUGAAUUAUAUGUUGCUGGAAAUUUAACAAUGGGAGUGAUAAAGGAUGGAACAAUCUCAGGGGUUGUACCCGAACCUGAAGGAUUUUUGGUGCACUAUCCUGCGUAUCCUUCGUCUAUCUCUCGAGCUGUUGAUACUCUUGGUGGAAUUCAAGGCAUUCUCAAGGCUCGGAGUUCACAAUCAAAUAAAUUGGAGCUCCGUUUCCGUCCCGAAGACCCGUAUUCACACCCUGCAUUUGGGGAGCUUCGUCCCACUAACUCUCUGCUUCUCAAAAUUUCGAAGAGAAAGUCUCCAUGUGUUCGUGAAGCCGAAGAAGCUUCUAGCAGCUCCGGAGUGAAAAAUGGGGAGCAAGAAAAUCAACCGGAAAGUGAGCGGAAGCAAGAGGAAAGUCUUUGUGCUGACAUCGUUGCUCGGGUUACUGACGCUUAUUUUUUUGAUGGGAUGGCGGACUACCAACAUGUGAUUCCAGUCCAUGCUGAUGUUGCCAGGAGGAAGAAGCGUAAUUGGCCAGAGCUAGAAGAACCGCUUUUUGAUAAGGGUGGUUUCAUGGAUCCGGAUCAUGAGGAUGUUAUGAUUAUAGUGCCUCCAAUUUUUUCUCCAAAAGAUGUGCCAGAAAAUUUAGUCUUGAGACCAGCUGCCAUACCGAGCUCAAAAAAGAAACAAGAGGAAGUUGUACAACAACACCUUAUCGAGAUGGAUGUGGAGAUGGAGCCAGUCCUUGCACUUGAUUUUGAUAUUAAAGAUAUUCCUAAGAAAGUGAAUUGGGAGGAAUACAUACCACAAGGCUCAGAUCAGUGGGAGUUACAGAUGGUUGUAUCUGGAAUGUUUGAUGAGCGACCUAUAUGGUCCAAAGAUUCUCUUACUGAACGCUUGCACAAGAAGGGCUUAAGCUUUUCGCAUGGCAUGCUCAGAAGGCUUCUAUCUAGAAUUUCUUAUUACUUUUCCAGUGGCCCGUUUCUAAGGUUCUGGAUCAAGAAAGGAUAUGAUCCACGCAAGGAUCCCAAUUCUCGCAUUUAUCAAAGAAUCGAUUAUCGAGUACCUGUCCCAUUACGAAGUUACUGUGAUGCUCAUUUAGCCAAUAAAUCAAAACACAAAUGGGAGGAUAUAUGUGCCUUUCGUGUCUUCCCUUACAAGUUCCAGACUUCCUUGCAGUUUUUUGACCUUAUUGAUGAUUAUAUUCAAGCAGAAAUAAAGAAGUCUCCACUCCAAUCAACUUGCACUUUUGCAACUGGUUGGUUCUCACAACACAUGAUCAAUUGUAUCAGACAACGUCUUAUGGUGCGAUUCCUAUCAGUAUUUCCCAAGCCUGGUGCCGAGAAUUUACUCAGAGCUGCUACUUUAAAGUUUGAAAAGUUGAGGAGGGAGACCUACAGACAUGCGAUGAAGCUCGACGAAGAAGAAUGCCAACAACCUAAUUUAGCUUUGGAAGAGCAUGAAGAACUUGAUAAUGCUGAAGAUGAAGAGGAGGCAGCUGAGGGUAACGAUAGUGAAGAAGAAUGGGAAGAAGAACUCGAUCUGGCUGGAGAUAUUCAAAUUCCUCUGCAGUCUCAGUCGUAUACCAACAUUGAGAAUUUUUCAAGGACUCAUUUACAGGAACUUUUUGGUAGCUUUCCACAUAAUGAAGUUCAUGGUGCCAACCUGCUACUAACAAAUGAUAGCGACGAAGAAUAUCACAUAUACGAGGAAGAUAGUGAGGAGAAUUACUCAGACGAAUGAUUUCUGACAUUCUUAGUUACAUACGAGGGUAAACAUCGGUAUAUAUUUGUUGAUUAAAUUUUUAUCAUGUAACCUAGUGUCCCUUUUUAUAUAAAAAAGUAGAAGUAGAUAGAAAAUAGAAAAUAGUAGAGAAAUGGGCAUGAAUGAUU